AUGACACAAACUUCAACAUCAAAUAUCAAAAGAACAAAUGAUUCUUCACUUGAUCAAUUACUGAUCCUAACAAAUAAGGAAAAUAAAGAAAGUAUAACACUUAUUUGGUAUGAUCCAUAUAUUGGUACAUAUGAAGAUACUGAAAAAACAAAAGAACAAAUUCGUCUUAUAAAUGAUUAUAUUAUUUUUUGUAAUGAUUUUGAACAAUGUAUUGGAUUAAUUCAAUUAAUUCAUCGAGAAAAAAUUUUUUUCAUUACAUCAGGAUCAACAGCAUCAGAAAUUUUACCUAUAAUUUCUGCUUUUCGUCAAAUUGAUUCAAUUUUUAUCUUUUGUAUGAGAAAAAACCGAUAUGAGUAUUUAUUAAAUGAAUAUUCAAAUAUUAUUGGAAUUUAUGCUCAUCUAGAUGAUUUAUGUCAAUCAAUUAAAGAACAAAUUGAUCUUGUUCAUAAACAAAUACAAACAUUUUCUUUUUUUGAUCGACAUCAAAAAUCGACUAAAGACUUAUCGAAUGAUUCAGCACAUUUUCUUUGGUUUCAAUUAUUUAGUUAUGUUAUUGCGCGUCUUCCACGAAAUCAAAAUGCAAAACAACAAAUGAUUCAAAUAUGUAAAGAAUACUAUCGUGGAAAUACAAAACAAAUGAAAUUAAUUUAUGAUUUUGAAAAAAAUUAUCAAUCAACAGAUGCAAUUCGUUGGUAUUCAAAACAAUCAUUUGUUUAUAAAUUAAUUAAUAAAGCGUUAAGGAUCGAAGAUAUUGAUUUGUUAUAUGCAUUUCGAUUUUUUAUUGUUGAUCUUUCCGAAAAUCUUCGACGUGAACAUGAAAAGAUUUUAUUAUCCGAAGAAAAAGUGUUAAAUGUUUAUCGAGGAGUUAAAAUCGAUCAUGAGGAAUUUAAUAAAAUAAAAGAAAAUCAAGGAAAACUUAUUUCACUGAAUGGAUAUGUAUCUACAAGCCGAGAAAAAUUAUUAGCAUUACAUUUUGCAACGAAAUCAACAAAGAGAAUGGAUGUCAUCCCUGUUCUUUUCCAUAUUCAAUGUGAUAUAAAACAAAUUGAUAAAAAUAUUAUUUUUGCUGAUAUUGUUCAAUUUAGUGAUCAUCCAAAAGAACAAGAAGUUUUAUUUGAUUUAAAUACUUGUUUUAAAAUUGAAUCUAUUGAAGAAAAAGAAUCAUUAAACAUAAUUAAAAUGAUACCUUCAAAUAAAGGACAAAAAAUUACUAAAGACUUUAUCGAACUAACACAAAAAGAAACAGAAGAACUAAGUGUUUCGAUUGUUUUUGGAAGAUUAUUGUGUGAUUUAGGUAAAUAUGAUAAAUCUCAAAAAUAUUUUCAACAGCUAUUAAAUGAUUCAAAUGACGAAGAUCGUGCUUGGAUUGAAUUUAAUAUUGGUCGAGCUCUCUGUUUAAAAGGUGAAUGGAAUGAAGCUCGAAAAUAUUAUGAUCGUGCGUAUGAUCGAAUGAUGAAAACUAAACCAGUACGUAUCAAAGAUUCUGCCCAUGUACUCAACAACAUUGGUAACAUUCUCAAUCGACAAGGAAAGUACGACGAAGCUCUCAACUAUUAUCGACAAGCAUUGAAAAUUCGUAAGAAAUUUUAUCCAAUUGGUCAUGUUCAUAUUGCUGAUAGUUUGAAUAACAUUGGUAUUAAUCUCUAUCUACAGGGAAAGCAUGAUGAAGCUCUUGAUUAUCUUCAACGAGCAUGGACUAUUCAUGAGAAUCUUUAUCUAUCUGAUCAUGCCGUUAUGGCUACAAGCUUUAUCUGGAUUGGUAACAUUUUUAGCGAUAAAGGAAUGUUCAAUGAAGCUCUCGAUUAUUAUCAACAAGCAUUGAAAAUUCAAAAGAAAUUUUAUCCAUCUGAUCAUCCCAAUAUUGCUCAUAGCCUCAAUGGCAUAGGUACUAUUCUUAAUAACCAAGGAAAGUACGACGAGGCUCUCGAUUAUCAUCAACGAGCUUUGAAAAUGAGAGAGAAAGUGUAUCCAUCUGGUCAUGUUGAUAUUGCUUUCAGUUUGAAUAGUAUUGGCAUUUAUUAUGAAAAUCAGAACAAGCAAAAGAUAGCAUUG